GCGUGGUCCUUUUUAAUCACGUGAUCUCGUUAUGAUGGCGGGUGAAGGCACUUAUGCUCUACAUGAUGAAUUAUUGGAUUUUGUGGAAGAGCUAUUGGUUAGUAUCAGUUCCAGAGACUUCCAGCAGAGAUCAGAAAGUUAUGCUGAUAUUUUAGAUGUCAUGAAUCGUUGUUUCGAAUUUAUAGUUUACAUUGAUGGCAUAUCCUUAGAUUUUGGUACUCUUCUCGAAUCGCUUCAGGAAGUGAUGAAUGCAUUGGAAUCCAUAGAGAAUAACACCCAGUUUAGAGGUAGACCUCGUCUUCAGAUAGAGGCUGAUCAGUUGCAGUUUUUUAUUGAUUGUUGUUUUCGUGUGAAAGAUAUAGCUGAUAUGUAUCAUUGCUCAAAACGUACAAUUGAAAGGAGAAUGCAAGAAUAUUCUAUUAGGGCAAGUAAUUCUUCAACAAUUUCAGAUGGUGAGCUAGAUAACCAGAUAUCAGCUUUACUUGCUGUUCAUCGACGAAUUGGAGAAAAGUCAGUUAUUGGUCAUUUACGCAGUUCUCACAUUUACGUGCAAAGACAUAGAGUGAGGGAAUCAAUUCGACGUGUUGACCCUAUUGGUAUACAAAUACGGCAUCGUACUGCAUUGCAUCGGAGACAAUAUUGUGUGAGAAGCCCAAAUUCACUAUGGCACAUCGACGGAUAUCACAAACUUGUUCGUUGGAACAUCGUUAUUCAUGGUGCUAUUGAUGGCUUCAGCCGUUUAAUUACAUAUCUGAGAGUAUCACCUAACAACAGUUCACAGAGUGUACUUAGGGCAUUUUCUGCAGCAGUAUCUCAAUAUGGGAUUCCAUCCAGAAUUUGUAUUGAUAGAGGAGGAGAAAAUGUUUUAAUUACAAGAUGGAUGCUGGAGCACCCCCUUCGCGGUGUUGGUAGACACAGUGUCAUAGCUGGGCGCAGUGUACACAAUCAAAGGAUCGAAAGGUUAUGGAGGGAUUUAUAUUCUGGAUGCAUAUGUUUCUUCUACAGUUUUUUCUAUUACUUGGAAGAUAUAGGCAUUUUGAAUAAAGAUGAUGUUUUUGAUAAAUAUGCUUUGCACUUUGUAUUCCUUCCCAUAAUUCAACAACAGCUGGAUACAUUUAGAGAAGGCUGGGCUCAUCAUUCACUACGGACUAUGAACAAUCGAACACCGUUUCAGUUGUGGGUUCUUGGCUUGAGCCAUGUACAAUCAUAUGAUUCAGGAUGUGAUGAAAUAACUGGUCUAAUGGAAAAUCCUGAACUUUAUGGAGUUGAUUGGGAUGGUCCGGCUUCAACUGAUAAUGAUACUACUGUGGUGGAGGUCAAUGAUCUUCCUAAUUUACUAUCUGAAGAUCAUGUUUCUAACUUGAAAAGCCUCAUUCCCAAAUUUGAUACACUCUCAGAUGAAUGGAUGAUUAGCAGCUAUACUAUUGCCAAAAUGUAUGUGCAUGAAAACUCAAUUUAUGAAGUCAAUUGAAUUACUGUGUUAUUUUUAAUAAUAAUUAUUAUUAUUCACUGGAUCACGUGAUUCACCACCUUGA